UCAUGCUUGCUCCAUAAACCUCACCACAUUUCGCUGCCGCAGCUGCUCUGGCGACUCUGGCGCGGGCUUUCGCACUAAGCAGCGAUCAACGAGGCCGUUCCGCCGGGGAAAAAAAAAACCCUCCCAGAAAACGAAAUAAUAACGGAAUGUUCCCGCUCUCUCUCCCAGCAAGGUCGGUUUACGCAGACGCGUGAAGACGCCGCUCGUUUACCAUGAGCUGUUUGGAUGUUAUGUACCCAGCCUAUGGACAUUACGCACCGUACGCACCGACUGCUCCAGCGUUUAUCAGCAGCUUCCAGACUCCCACAGGUCUGAACAUCACUCCUCCUCACUGCCGGGAUUUUAUGGACACUCCCAGGGGUCCUGAAGGGAUGUCUGGGGGCCCGGGCAACGGAGGGUCAGCUUCCUCCUCAUCCUCAUCCUCAUCGACCACUUCCUCUUCCUCGUACACGGCCGUGGCUGCGAGGCCAGAGGAAGGGACCAAGGAGAAGCAGGAGGCCCCAGAGGCCGAGUACCUGACGUCCCGCUGUGUCCUCUUCACCUACUAUCAGGGAGACAUCAGCAGCGUGGUGGACGAACACUUCUCCAGGGCGCUGAGCUCCUACAUGGACGGAGAGGGCAAACGGAGGGGGGCAGAGCAACAGGGCCCAGGUAUGCCAUGGUGCCCCAGGGCAAAGGCUCGUUUGCGAAUCAAGGUGUCCUUUUAUACCCCCUCACCCAGCAGCCGGCGGAGCUUUCCCCCAUCCUUCUGGGACAGCAACUACGCCUCGCCUCAAAGCCGCUCCCACUGCGAGACGGGAGCACCUUCCUAUUCCAUGGACCCAUAUGCAUCAGGGUUACACCCGGGCCUCCCUCAUCCACACGCGCAUCCACACGCUCACCCACACGCUCAUCCUCACUCCCAUCCUCACCCUGCAGAGAGCUGGGGAUACCCCCAGGCCCAGGCCUACGGGCCUCCAAGGCCCCUCCACGAACUCUAUUCCCCCGCAGCUUUAGAGCCUCACUACGGUCCCCUGUUGAUGCCAACGGUGAGGCCACCUCAUCUCCCCACCUUGCAGAGCCACUAUGAGGUGAGCAAGCUGGAACCCAGUGCGUCCUGGCCCGGCCUGCUACCCCCGGGAGACGUCAGCCAAACAAUGGCACUCAACAUGGAUGCAGGCCUCCAGCAGCACAAGAAAGGCAAGGAGCUGUACUGGUUCUAACAAGCCCUCAGUCACAUUGACCAGCCAUUACCAGAUCCAAUUAGUCCCUGGACCGGCUCUGCUAUUGAAGCAGCGUGUCCCUUUAUCCCCCCAGCACACAUUGCAUCCCCACCUAUCCAACCCCCCCUCCCCUUCCUCUUCUCUGUGCUCUUGGCCUCCCCUGCCAGUACACACAGCCUUGCUCCAGGUUUGACGCGUGUGCACCAUGGAGAUAAAGCAGAGAGGGAGAGACAGAGGAAGAGCCCCACAGAGUGUCACUGUCCAUAAUCUGUACCGCCGCCUUCUCGGGGCCUCGUUUCCCCUCCACUGCCUCUCCCGCCGCAGCGCGUGCGGCACAGACCUUGGCAAGGCGCGGGCCGUGGUGACCUGUUUGGACUGAGAAAGACAGGAUCACAGCAGACUUUAGCGGAGGAGAGAGAGAGAAACAGGGGCCGCGCGGGGGGGAACAGAGGGAUAAAUCGCAGCAAGCAGGAUUCCCUCUUGUGUCCCUGGUUAUCUCUGCCUCAUGUUCUUCUAUCUCGUGGUGAGAAACUGGAGCAAAGAUGGUGGCAGUUCUUGCUUGGUGACUGUUACGAUGCCUUUAUUAUAUAUUUUUCUCUGAAAUAAAGUGUUUCUAUUUAUUGGCGUUUAUGUGUAUUUCUGAAAUGUUUGUUUAGGCCAGUUUUCUGAGAUUAUUGUGGUUCGGUUUAUUGUGUUUUUUUUCUUAAAACAGAAGGGGAUGGAGUGGACCUUCCCCACUGUCGCUGAUUUGUUUUGUUUGUUUCCAUCUAUGAAAGAACCUUGUGUGGAGAAUAAUAAAAUAAAACAAACAUAUCAAAGAAUGGUUCAGUUAAAACAACAUGUUUGCACUGAGCGCCUCCCAGAUUGUGUUCUUCCACUUUGAUGAUGUUCCAUGUCUUUAUUUCUCUGUCAUUUUUAGACGUUUGAAUGUGGAAUUUCUAAAUUUUUUGUGGAUUUUUUUUCUCCCUGUGUGUCAUUUCUCAAUUUCUUUUGCCGUCGAAGAAAAUUGUGAAUCAAUAAAUAUUUUUAUGGUACAUCGUGA